AUGGCCCCUAAACAUCGUGUCGUCAUCGACACCGACCCUGGCGUAGACGACGUGCUCGCCAUUUUGUAUGCCCUGGCCGCCAAGGCCGAAGACCUCGAAGUCGUGCUCAUCUCACUCACAUUCGGGAAUGUGGAUGUAAGAUCGUGCCUGCGCAACGUCGUGGCCAUCUUCCACAUCUUGGAGAAAGAACUCCAUUGGCGGAAAGAACAGGGUAAACCCGUGGGGUUCGAAGGAAUCACCAAGUACAAGCCCCUUGUGGCCAUUGGCGCCGACGAACCUCUACAGGACCGGAUCGAGAGCGCCGAUUACUUCCACGGCAUCGAUGGCCUGGCUGGUACGCAUUCAAGCCACCCACACUUCUCGCCCGAGGAGAGCUGGAAGAGAUUGUUUGAGCAGCCUCCGCCCAACUCGUCCCUCACAGAAUUGGCCAAAGACGAGGCCGAUCUGGACGAACCGACCAAGUCAUUUGUCCCUUCGCUCGUGCCCGCUCAUCAGGAAAUCCUGCGGAUCCUGAAAGAAAACGAAGCUGAUACAAUCACUUUGAUCUCAAUUGGACCUCUGACGAACUUCGCCCUCGCUGCUGCAGAAGACCCGGAGACGUUUCUACGCUGCAAAGAAGUUGUUACCAUGGGUGGCACCGUAGAUGGGAUUGGCAACGUGACUCCUGUGUCAGAAUUCAAUGUCUACGCUGACCCAUACGCCGCUGCACGGGUGUACGCAUUGAGCUCCCCGAUCCCAGCGUCCACUAUGCCUGUCGCAACGGAAGGCGAACGGUCUUUCCACCUCGACAACUACCCGGCUCAGCUGUCACGGCCGCUCAAACUAACACUCAUGUCGCUCGACAUCACCGAAUACCACAUGCUCAGCCGGGGCCUAUUCACUAGCCAUGCAUCUUCGCUCGUCGAACAAGGCAGCCCUCUCGCACAGUGGAUGACUGCAUUCAUGGACCCCAUGCUCGACAAGAUGGAACGGCUACACAUCGGGCACGAGGGGGAAGGCGCCGCUCUCGCACUGCACGAUCCUUUGUGCAUCUGGUACGUGCUGACGCAGGAUGACUCGCGCUGGAAACCCAGCGCCCGCAGUCCAGAAGACAUCCGCAUCGAGACCGCCGGCCAGUGGACCAGGGGCAUGACUGUUGGCGACAAGCGAGCCAGGAAACGAAGGAAUAGCGACGGUGAGGUGCCACAUGACCGAGGCAAUUGGCUCGGGAAUCGUAGUGGCAACCGGGUCUACAGGAUGCUCGAGAGUCCGGGCAGGGAUCUUGCUGGGAAAACACUAAUGGAGACAAUCUUGGGGUGA